AACUAGGAGGCAAUUACUUUUUUCUUACUUUCUUACUUUCAACAUUGGAUAGCACUUUCAUUAACACCUGCAUUCUUGACAACUUGAAGAAAAGGCUGGGGAAAGCAGACGAGCCACUAUGAAAGCAAAGAAGGGGUCCCCCCUCCUUAUUAUCAGUGCAGUGAUAGCAGCUGUUCAUGCGGUUUCAGUAUCAGGACCUUCAAAAGCAGUGCAAGUGAAAAGAGGAAACAAUAUCACCCUACCAUGCAACUUUGAAAGUACUUCUACAGAGACAACAGACUUUGUCUCUUGGAGGGGAAAGCCCUUGGGAAGUGACCAUAUGGAAGUAUUGGCUAAGAAGUCGUUUGAUGGUACUGAACGGUAUAUACCAGCUUACGAAGGUCGUUUAAAAUUCUCUAACAAUUUUGAAAAAGGCGAUGCUGGAAUCACCCUUUAUGAGGUGACCAUGCAAGACAAUGGAACCUAUGAAUGCUUAGUCGAGAUAAGAAAUAUAUUCCCAUCAAAAAGUGUCGAAGUAGAACUUUCGGUCCUUGUGGAACCAUCCAAUCCAGUGUGCAAAAUUAUUGGGAACCCAGAAUACGGUCAAAAUAUUAAUCUGACUUGCAAUUCUGUUGAAGGAUUCCCGGAACCUAAAUAUACCUGGCAAAGUUAUGAUAUGCAGAACCAAAGCCGGCCACUUCAAGGAAUAGCUGUAGGAGGAAUGCUAAUGCUGAAAAAUGUUUCUAUAAACACCACCGGAUACUAUAUCUGCCUUUCCCAAAACAGUAUUGGACAGAACCAAUGCAAUAUCACGGUUGCUAUUCGACCUCCAUCCAUGAACAUUGCUCUUUAUGCUGGAAUCAUUGGUGGGAUCCUUGCUGCUGUCAUUAUCAUAAGUGUUUUGGUUUAUUGUUGUUGCUGUAAGAAAAAAAAGAAUAAGGACUAUGAGGCAACGGAGACAGAAAAUACAUUCCAACCUAAAAAUGAGGCUGUUCGAAUCCGAGGACCUUCCAAAGAAGAGAUUGGGGAUGAAGACGAAGAAAAGCCAGAAAUGUGAUUUGUGUUUCAGUUGCCUAGAAGCAAACACUUCCACAACCUUCUUUCCGAAAGAAAGAAAGAGAAAAAAAUUGAUUUAUAAUCAAUGUUACUUGUUAUUCAACAAGUGGGACUUUAAUAUAUGCAUUGGGAGUGGGAUGAAUAACUACGUAAAAGAUAUAGGAGGAGGAGGCAUAAAACUGAGUAAGAUAAUCUGAAAUAAAAGAUGCAUCAAUUUCCAGGAUCCUUCUGAACUGCUUGCUAGAAAGAAAAGAGAAAAAACAACAACCCUUGGGAAGUGUUAUCUUGAUUUUAUGCAAAUUCUGAAUGCAGCAGAUGAAAAUUCUUCAACACUGACCUUUUCUGCUACAUUUGGAAAACAGAAGCAAAAUUAAACACAUCUCAGUUUCUAUGGAAUACUUUUAGUAUUGUAAGACAAAUAUAUAAAAUCUAUGGCUUCAGUUGUGCAGCAUCUAUGCACUGGAUACUUAACAAUCAUUUGGCGGACGGUGCAGAUCAUACUAAGGCUAUUAAGACUAUGCUUGUUCUCCUAUUAUUCCCAUGAUGGCAUAUAUAUAUAUUUAGAAAGAUGUUGAUUUACCCCAAAUUGUAUACAGUAUAUUACUCUUGCUAUAUUUCACUACUUCACUAUCACAAGUUUCAGUUGAGCAAAAUAUGCUCCCAUUGUGCCUCCAACUGCUUCCAUUAUUUUGUUUCUGGGUUUUUAUUUAAAUAGCCAUGCUCUCUUCUGAUGCACUAACUCAAGCAACCAAACAGCACUUGUUUAGGAAGGAAACUGUAAGUGCCUCUCCUGCUAUUCAGAAAUGUUUAAUUUUCGCUUUUGUUUUCUAUUAGCUUUUUUAUACUUUUUGCUAGCACUGUACCAGAACCAGUGCAAUUAUGCUGCUAACAAUGAUUUUAUUAAAAAAAAGGAAAAGAAACAUAAUUGCAGCUGGCUACAGCUUUGUAUAUAUGGUCUAUUAAUAAUUUUUAUUCUAAUAAUUUGCUAUAUUUUGGAAAUCGAUUUUUUUUUACUUAAAAAUAGUUAAGAUAUUUCAACAUUAGUAAGUAUUGUUAAUCACAGAUCAGCCAAAUGGGAACAAUUAUUGCACCAUUAUCAUUACUUUGUUAGAAUGUAAUAUUUAGUAAAUGUUUAGUAAUAUUUAGUGAAUAGAGUGGCUGCAGGAAUUGGGUAUGUCUAGUUUAGUGAAAAGAGGGACAAGGGGUGACAUGAUGGCAGGGUUCGAAUAUUUGAAGGGUUGCCACAAAUAAAAGAGGGAGCCAACCUAUUCUCCAAAGCACCUGAAAGCAGGACAAGAAGCAAUGGAUGGAAAAUAAUUAAGGAGAGAACAAAUCUAGAACUAUACAUUUCCUGACAGUUAUAAUAAUUAAAUCAGUGGAAUGACUUGCCUCCAGAAGUUGUGGGUGCUCCAACACUGGAGUUUUUAAAGAAGACAUUGGACAAUAAUUUGUCUGAAGUAGUAUAGGGUUUCCUGCUUGAAUGGGUUGGACUAGAAGACCUCCAAGGUCCCUUCCAACUCAGAAUAACAAUUAUUCUGUUAUUUUUUUAUGGCUCUAAAUCCCACCCUAUGAAAACAUGUAUGUUCAUCAGUGAGACUAUGUCAAAUACUACAAAAUAUCUAAAAAUGUACACAGUCUUUCAGAAUCUGUAUUCAAAUUGUAUUUGAAUGUUUUAUUCCCUUUUUUAUUUGGCUUGUUUUGAACCGAAAUACAAUUAAAAUAAUUUU